ACCAUUAAAGAGAGGUGUCAGUCAAUUUCAAUUUUUCAAUCGCACCCCUGUCACUUUCUAAAUUCUCACUUCUACCCCCUGCACUUUUCCACUUUUUCAUUUUUGGCACAUAGUUAAAUUUUGUCAUUUACUUUGCGCCACGGAAACCAGCCCUUUUAUCCAUCCAUCACCUCACUUGUCAUCUUCUUCUUAGACCCAAAAAGAUUCUUUUUUUUUUUCUGAAUUGAAUUUAAUUUCAAUUUCCCCCAUUGUUGUUUUACAGACACCCCCAUUAAUUUAGGUAAUAAAAAAGCAAUCUUUUUUAUUUAUUUUUCCUCCAAUUUUUCAUUUGCACUUUCUGCACAUGAAGCAAGAAUUACAUGUUCUUGGAAACAAAGUAGAGUAGCCCUUUGGAAAGUGAUUUUCUUGAAUAUUCAUUUAGGGUUUAUAUUAGUACUCCUGUCUGAAAAUGAAAAAGGCAGUGGCAAAAAAGUAAUAUUAAUGCUAGUAGUUUAUCUCUGUUCAACACUAUGAUCAAGAAUCUCUGAAACAUUGAGCAAAAAAAGAAAAAAAUGGGGGAGAAGAAGAAAGAUACUCCGGCAACUGUUUGGUUUUCCUUGAAGAAAUCACUGCACUGUAAAUCUGAGCCGUCCGAUGUGCACAAUCCGAAGACCCGGAAGCAAUUGACCGCAAUCCUGACCCGGAAAACCGGCAGAUCGGGUUGUUCCCGGUCCAUAGCGAAUCUGAAAGAUGUGAUUCAUGGCAGCAAGCGCCAUCUGGAGAGGCCGCCUAGCUGCAGCCCAAGAUCCAUCGGCAGCAGUGAGUUUCUCAAUCCAAUUGCCCACGAAGUGAUUCUCAGCAACUCCAGAUGCGAGCUCAAAAUCACCGGUUUUGGCGGUUUUCACGACGGGUUUAGCGGCGGUGACAGCGGCGGCGGGGGUGGCGGCGGUGGUGGUGGGUCGACGUAUGUGGGAACUUUGAGGCCUGGGACGCCUGGUCCUGGAGGCCACCCAACAAUGCACUACUUCAACCCUUCUUUCAAGAACUCUGCUGCAACGCCGCCGCGGAAGACGGCGGCGGCGCUUUUGGCUGAAGGAAGAGAUGGGUUUGGCGGCGGCGGCGGCGGUGGUAAUGGUUUGCUUCCCUCCCAGAAAAGGGCUUCCUUUGAUAAAGAAAGCAAUGGUGUCACUUGCCACAAGUGCGGCGAGCACUUUAUCAAGUGGGAAGCUCUUGAAUCUCAUCACCUCUCCAAACACGCCGUAACUGAAUUAGUGGAGGGAGAUUCAUCGAGAAAAAUAGUCGAAAUAAUCUGCCGAUCGAGCUGGUUAAAAUCCGAGAACCACUCCGUAAGAAUCGACCGUGUCUUGAAAGUCCACAACAUGCAGAAAACCCUAGUCCGAUUCGAGGACUACCGAGAAGCCGUAAAAAUAAAAGCAAGCAAACUCCCCAAGAAGCACCCUCGUUGCUUAGCAGACGGAAACGAACUCCUGAGGUUCCACGGCACCACCAUAGCGUGCACCCUCGGCAUGAACGGUUCGUCGAGCCUCUGCAUUUCGGACAAAUGCUGCGUUUGUCGGAUUAUCAGAAACGGAUUCUCCAACAAGAGGGAAAUAAAAGGCGGUGUGGGAGUUUUCACGACCUCGACUAGUGGAAGGGCUUUCGAGUGCAUAGAAAUGCUGGAUAACGAUGUUUCGAUUAGGAAAGCUUUGAUCGUUUGCCGUGUAAUCGCGGGGAGGGUUCAUCGGCCGUUGGAGAAUAUACAGGAGAUGGCUAGCCAAACGGGGUUCGAUUCUUUAGCAGGUAAAGUCGGUAUGUAUUCGAAUAUUGAGGAGCUUUACUUGCUUAAUGCUAAAGCUCUUCUUCCUUGUUUUGUUGUUAUUUGCAAAACAUGAUAACAAAUGAAUAUGAAAAAAAAAUGAGAAAAAAAAAACUAAGUGUUGAUAUAUCUUUUUACCUAGAUUUUGUACCUAGGUUUUAUGUAAUAUUUUGAGCAUUAUGUUUAAUGUUGUUACAUUGUUUUGCUGGGAAUUGAUUGGAAAAAUCUUUUCUUGGAUAUUUUUUUUUA